GUGAACUCGAGCCUCGAGUUGACAGCAGUUCUAGGAAGAAGCUAAAGCAAACCUUUGCCUCACGAUGGCAUUUUGGAUAUUUGUGACGAUCGCGUGUAGCCUGUUCGGAGGACUGCAAGCCCAGACGAAUUACUGCACCACCAGCUAUUGCAUGGCUGGAAAGACGAAUGUCGGGUGCAAUCCUCCAGGCACCCCAGGAGGAGUCGGCUGCACGGGCAAGAGUCCAGCAGUGAUCAACCUGAACAGCACGUACCAGAACACGAUCCUGCUAGAACACAACAAACGCCGGUCACAGUUCGCUCUGGGUCAGCUUAAGCCAUUCUUGCCGGCUAAGCGCAUGCCAACACUCCAAUGGGACACCGAACUGGCCAAACAGGCCGGGAACAACGCACGUAACUGCACCUUCAAACAUGACCAGUGCCGCAACACAGCCGUAUACGCGUCGGCCGGUCAGAACCUUGCCAUGUCGCAGUUCUACGGCAUGACGAAGACGAUCGACGCCUUGAUCAAGGAGGGCAUUACGGGAUGGUGGAAUGAGUACAACUACACCACGCAGGCGGAUCUUGACAAGUACCCCAGCGCCCACACAGGACCCGCCAUUGGACACUUCACACAGAUGGUCAGCGACCAGUCGAAUCGGAUUGGUUGCGCCAUGCAGUACUGGCUCGAUGGUGGCAAGUGGCAGACGUACUACCUGGUGUGCGACUACGCAGUGACAAACAUCAUCGACCGAGCGGUAUACAAGAACGGCACCGUCGCUUCCGGUUGUACUACUGGUCGCAAUCCGGAUCCGGCACUCAAUGGUCUGUGCUCGACGGCGGAAACGGUCAAACCGGUACCGAACUCUGUGUAGAAAGGAUACACGAAAGCUAAUAAAGUGUUACUUCUUUUAAUGAA